AAAUGACUGAGGACAAAGAGGUAACUGUUGAAACCAAUGGACAAGAGGAGAACGCGAAAAUCGAAAAUUCAGAAGACGAAACCGAAUUGGAUAUUGCGAUUAUUCGGCAAGUCGAAUAUUAUUUUGGUGAUGUAAAUCUACAUCGAGAUAAAUUUCUGCAAGAACAAAUAAAAUUAGAUGAUGGAUGGGUUCCAUUAGAAACUCUCACAAAAUUCAACCGCCUUGCCAAACUGACAGAGGACACAGAUGUCAUCGCAAAUGCUCUUAACAAAUCUACAAGUGGAUUAUUGGAGGUUUCUGAAGAUAACAAAAAAGUGAGACGUAAUCCAGAACAGCCACUGCCAGAAAUGAACGAGGAGCUUCGUAAAGAAAUAUGCAACAGAUCAAUUUACGCCAAAGGAUUUGCUAAAGAUGCCUCAUUAGAUGAUUUAUUAACUUACUUCAAGCAGUUUCAGGAAGUUGAGAAUGUAAUUAUGAGAAGAUACGUUGAGAAAUCCACAAAGAAACGCUUGUUCAAGGGUUCUGUAUUUGCUACAUUCAAGACUAGAGAACAGGCAGAAAAGUUUAUGAAUGCAAAAGGGCACAAGUAUGGAGAUAAUGAACUGUUAACACUCUGGCAGGAAGAUUACUUACAGCAGAAACAAGAAGAAUAUUCAGAUAGGAAAGAUAAGAAAGAAAAAAAGAACAAAGACAAAGAAGGUCAACAACAACAAGAAAAGGAAGAAUUAAAAUUACCAACAGGCAGCGUCUUUCACUUUAGUGAAGUCAAUGAGAAAAUGAAGAGAGAGGACUUAAAGGAUGCUCUCACUAAAUUAGGUGCCGAGGUCGCAUACAUUGAUUUCAAAUCUGGUGACACCGAAGGUUGGGUGAGACUGUCUAAAGAAAACGCCGCUAAAGAAAUGGUUGAAAAGAUUGAAGAUGGAAAGAUUAAGAUAUGCGAUUCUGAGGUCAUCUUCAAACUGCUUGAAGGUGACGAUGAGAAAGCGUAUCUCGCCAAAACCGUGGAAGAGAUGACAAAAAAACGCAGGAACAUGAGGAAUAACAAGUUCGGUAAAGGAAAGAAUUUCAAAGGGAGACAAGGCGGUAGAAAGAGAAAGCCCGAAAAUAAUGAAGAGGCACCUCCAAAGAAAGUCCAAGCGCAGUAACCAAAAUAGCCAAACUGCUCUUAGAAUGUUUUGUGCUUCGGAGGCGAUAGGAGCGUACCUAUAAACAGCAUAAGCUAAAUCAUUUGUUAAAAGACUGCUUUGAUUGAUUGUUCUAAAAUAAUUCGUAAAUCGUGGAAACUUGCAUUCACAAGAAGAAUUAGUGUUAAUGGUACAAACGAAUAGUUGUAGUACAUGGUUGUUUGUGUUAAUAAACAAAUAAAUUUGUUUAAGAUAAAUGCAGAUAUAAGAAAAAGGUAUAAAAAAAUAAGUUGCCUUACGUAAAUGUAAAUUGUAUUUACCUAUAAGAGUAUAACUGUUUUCCAUUUCUUUAAACUUAAUUAUUAAAUUUUAUAUUUCAA